AUGUCGAUUAAAUCGCUACAUUACGAAGUGAAGAUGGACGUGGGGCGUCGGGAUGCCAGCCUGGCCAAGACAGCAAUCGAAGCCUUACUUGGGCCCCUGGAGCAGAGCGUGACAUCUGCCUCCAGUGCCUGCUGGCAGCUGGCAGAGGUCCCUGUCCAGGUCAAGGGCUCGCUGUUCGGGACCAAGACUCUGCAGGUGCAGCAGGCCCAUUUCCAGGAAGAGAAGGAGAGGGAGGGCCUGGCCGCCGCGCUCGCCGCCUGGCAGCGCGAAGCGCUGGGCCCCGGCCUCUGCGGCGCCCUGGACCUCGCCGUGGCCCAGGAGCGCCUGCUGCAUGUGGUCGCAAGGAGCCUGGAUGCCGCAGAAGACGGGUCCCUGGACGCCAGGCUGGCAGCGCUGGGCGCCCUGCUGUCGGCCCACCCCGCCGCGGCGCGCAUCCCGCCCGCGCUGCGCUUCCUCCAGCACGCCGCCUGGCGCGUGGCCGCCGCCGAGCCGCGCCUCCCACAGGCCUCGCUGCUGCGUACGCUGGGCUCCCACCCAGGAGCAUGCGAUGCCUGGGCCGCGCACCUCCUGACGCUGGCGGCGGGCGAGGGCGCCGGCCCCGGGGUCAAUUCAGGGCCCCUGCUCAGCGUGCUGAGGUCGCUGCCGGACGCCUGCGCCCUGCCGGCGAGCCUGCUGGAAAGCGUGGUGCAGGGCACGGACUGGGCCGCGCUGGACGACACGACCCUGGCCCGCCUCGCCGGCCUGCUGGCGGAGCGGGCCCCCUGUGCCGGGGAUGAAGGCGCGGCCCAGGCGGCGGGCAUCGCGGCCGUGCUGGGCGCGCUGAGCCGGGCCGGGCGGGUGGCGCGGAGCCAGGCCGCGCGGGGAGCGGUCUGGGGGGCGGUGGCCACCGUGAUCCUGGCAUACGCGAGAGGCCGACCCGCGACGUCACUCCAGGCCUCCCUGGGGGCCCCGGCACCCGAGGAGGCGCCGCUGAUCGACCUGCUGGGCGACGAGGAUGAGCUCCCCCGGGACAGACCUCCAGAGGGCCCCGUCGCGGGCGCCGAGCUCGUGGCGCUGGCGGCCGAGGCGCUCGGCGGCGCCCCGGCACGCCGCGACCCCGACCACUGGCAGCGUGCACUGUCCGGCCUCGCGUUGUCGGUCGCUGACCUGGCGCCCAGGCUCCUGCUCCGCGUGAUGCUCGUGCUGGCAGUCGCCGCGGGCGGGUCGGGCGCGGCAGUGACGGACGCCGCCGAGACGCUGCUGGGUGUCCUCGGCGACGCCUGGAUCGCCGCCGACCUUUCGGCGGAGGAGGCCGAGGAUGCGGGCCUGCUGGCCAGUCUCGAGGCCCCGCCGCUCACGCCCGAGGUCGCCGCCGGCUGGGCAUACGUUCAGCUGGCCCUCCUGGCCGCGGGGUCCAGCCCCGUGCCCCAGGAACCAAUGGAUGUAAUGGAAACCGCCGCCGCGCUGGCCGCGCGCGCGACGGGCGGCCAAGAAGUCUCGCCGGACCUCCUGCCCUGCAUCGCGGCGCUGCUGGCGGGGGUGGCGACUGACGGCGCAGGGCACCGCGCCGUGGACCCCGGCGCGGUCGGCACGCUGGGCACGCUGGCACAGGCCGCAUUCUACGCAGGGCUGCUGGACCCGGCGGGAGGGUCUGCUCAGAGCCAGGGUGAAGCGCUCAGCCCGGCAAAAGGCCAUCUUGAAAGCCUGGGCGCCGCGCGCCGAGCCGCGCUGGCGGAGCGCCUGCUGCGCGUCGGCGGCUGGCCCGCCGCGCUGGCCGCCUGGGUGGAAAGCGGGCGUGCUGAUGCGGCGGGUGGCGAUGCGCUCGAGCCCAGGGCGCUGGAGGCCGAUUUCCCAGGCGCUGAUGCGGUUGGCCCCAACGCACCUCUCAACAUCGACCACGUCUCCUUGCUGCGCCGCGCGGCGCUGGACGCCGGGCUUCGUCCGGCGGGCCUUGCGCUCUGGGCGCAGCUCGCGGUGCGCCUGGCGACCGAGGGCAGCAAUGUGGGCGAGGCGUCCCCCCAGGAGUGCCUCAGGCAGCUGGCCCUGCUCAGCCAGGAGUACCACGAGACCUGCCCCGCCGUGCCGCCCUUCCUGUCGCGGCUGGCGCGCGCGCUGGAGGGCGCGGGUGCUGAAGGGCAGAGGGGAGCGCCGCGUGCUCCUGACGCCCAGGCCGCCAUCAGCCAGCUCGCUCCCGACGCAGCUCUGCUGGCCCAGCUCGCCGAGGUGGAUGCGGGCUGGCAGCAGGCGCUGGCGCUUGCCCGUCGGCCCUACGAUGAGCCAAACCCCGGACCCGGCGUCGCGACUUCCACCAACGGAGACGACGAGAAUGACGUCGUCGCUCUCCCGACGACAGCCUGGGCGCCCGGCGCAGGGGCCCUGCGGGACCUGGAUGCGGCCAUGGCGGGCCAGGCAGCGCGCCUGGAGGAGGGCGGGGAGCUGCUGGAGUACUGGGCGCGGCGCGGCGGGAAGCGUAGCAUGCACGCCCCUGCUGGUGCCUCUUCGCGGGAGGGCGAUGUGCCGGAGGUCGUGUCGCAGGCCCAGGCCCUGCUGUGGGAGGUCACCCAGCGCACAGAGGACGAGCUGAACUCGCUGGCAACCCAGCUUCGCACGGCAGUGGCCUCCCGCUACCGCCCCCUCACCCUGGACAGGGUGGCGGGGGCCGGCGGCGACCACGCGCCACGCCCCGCCCCCUCCCAGCCGCCGCCGGCGUUCGAGGAGUCCAAGCGAUUCCAGGAGCACUACGACGGGCUGCGGCGCAGCGCCCUGCAGACGUUGUUGCACGUGCUCCGGGACAAGUCGAUGGUGGAGGCGGCGCAGGGCAUCUUCCUGCUGGAGCGCGCGCUGCUGCACGGCGCCGCGCCGCGCCAGCCGGAGGCCGCCGGCUCUUCGCUGUCCUCCCAGCUUGCGGCUGUGCUGGCGACGGCAGCGCUGGACGGGUCCACCCCCCCGCCCGCCGCGCCGCUCUUCGCCCGCCUACUGGACCGCGCGCUGGCCGACGGCCGCGCCUACUUCUCCCUGGACCAGAAGGCGGCGCUCGUCGCACGCGUCGCGGUGCGGACCCGAGACCCCGGCGGGGCGGGGUCCUUCGGACCCCCCCCCAACGCGCUGCUGCGGGCGCUGCUGGACCCGGGGCCCUCGCUGGCGGCGGGCAGGCUGCGCGACUUUGGCGUCAUGCUGGACGCCGUGCUGUCCCUGCCGGCCUCCGCCCCGGAGCGCGUCGCCCUCCUCCGCGAGUUCGACCUGGGUCAGUAUGCCCUGGCCUGCCUGCAGGCUGGGGAGGGCGGCGGGCACGCGUCCCAGGCUGGUCCAGACCUGACGGCCCUGCUUUCCCUGGCGCUGCGCCUGCUGCGCGACGGUGCCGCCGCCAGCGUCGACGCCGGCUGCGCGGGCCUGCUGACGAGGCGCGUGCUUGGGGAGGGGCUGCGCCUGCUGGGCGAGGCAGCGCGCGAGGAGGGCCUGGCGCCCGCCGAGUUGCCCCAGGGUCUAGUCCGCCUGCUGGUCCACGCGCCGGCGGCGCUGGACGCCGCAUGGCGCAGCAUUGGGGGGGAACACCCGGACACCGACGCGCCCGAGGAUGAGCUCGACUCCACGCGCGGGCAGGACGCGGACUGCGUGACCGCCCGGCUGGGCGCCGGCGACGCCGCGGGCUGGGCCCGCGCGGAGGAGGGAUCCGCGGACGCGGGCACGCCACGGGCGGCAGGCGGCAGUGGCGCGGGCGGCGACCGCGCGGCCCCGGCCCCGCAAGCAGCCCUCCUCCUGUUGAUGCCUGUGGAGCCCUGCACCGUCGGCCAGCUGGCGCGGGCGCAUGCGGCUGCCGUUUCCGGGCUCAUCGCUGCGUCAGUCACCGGCGUCGCCGGUCCCGCCGCCGAGCUGGAGGCCCUGGCGGCCCUGCUCCUAGAUCCGAUCGCCGCCAGCCCAGCCCCGCCCCGCGCCCUGGAGUGGGCCUGGGGCUUGUACCGCUCCGACCUGCGCGCCGCGCUGGAGGCGUGCCGCGCGAUAGACCCUGGCGCGGCAUAUACGCUGCUCGCGCGCUGGCGGGCCCUGCCCUGGCACACCGCCGACUUCCAACUGCGACCGGGGUCGGACUGCGCCGAGACUUGUCUGCGCGCGCUGGGCGCGCAUCUGCUGUCGCCAGACGGCGGCGCGGCGGAGGCCCUGGUCGCGGGGCUCGACUUCCAGCCACUGCUGGAACGCGCGGGCACCUGCCCCGGCCAGGCGGCCGAGCUGGCGCUGCUGGCGUUGCGCACCAGCCUCCUGCUGCCGGACGGCGACCUGCCCGUUUGGGUCGUGGAGCUGCUGAUGCCGGAGGAGGGGCCCGGUGACGAAAAUGUUGUGCCAGGGUGUGCAGCAUCUUCACCAUCGUGUGCGCUGCAGCGCCUGCUCCAGCGCGCGGACUGGGGAUUGGUAUCUGCUGCGGCACGAGCCUCCUCCGCCGUGCCCUGGCUGGCCCUGCCCAUGGCCCUGGCGCCCUCGGGCGUGCACGGGGAUGCGGCGGCGGUGGCCUCCCGGGUCGUCCGCGCGGCCGGCGUGUUGGGCGCGGCCGCGGCCGCGGCCGGGCACCUAGCAGCCGCCGGCGCGGCAGCGGCCAUGCUGGCGCCGCUGUUUGGGUUCUCCCUCGCACAGGGGCGACUCUGGGCGGCGAGCGCAGACGGCCCUGCGGCGCAGGCCAGCAAGGGCGCCUCGCCGCGGGUGGACCUGCCGCCCGACAUCCCACUGGAGCUGCUGGAAGGCACGGAGGAGGGCAGGGCCCUGGCAGAGCAGCAAGGAAGGGUAGCGGGGGGCGAGGGCAUCGUGGUCGAGGUGACGGCCACCUGGCGCCUGGACUGCGCCAGCCUGGCCGGCCCGAUCCUCCAAGCCCUGCUCCACGCCGCAAGCCCCGCGGAGGCGGAGCUGGGGAGAUCACUGGAAGACAAUGCCAAGCCCGGGGCCAACCUGGUCUCCGACCUGCUCUCUGCCCUGGCCGAGUCGCCGGCCACGGUGCUGACGCAGGAGGCGCUGGCAUGCGGCACCCGGGGCAUGCUGCCCUGGGACGAGGCAUCUGCGCUCUUCAUCGCUGCGAACGAUGUGAACGUCGAGGCUGACAACGAGACGGCGUGUGCGCUCACAGACGCGCUCUGCGCUGCGACAGCGGCAUAUGCCGUGCCUCGAGCCCCGGAGCUGGCAAGAGUGCUCCUGCGGGGAUCCCUGCUCGCCAGCCACCUGCACCGCACCGCGGCCGUGCCCCGGCUGUGGGAAGCUUUGCUGGAGCUCAUGGUGGCUGGCGAGGCGUGCGCGGAGGCGGGCCGACCCCUGGCCGUGGCGUUCCUGGUGGAGCAGCUGCGGCGAGCCACCCUGGCCGUCGACAAGUGGCCCUGGCAGGAACUCGUGGCCGAGGUGACCCGUGCCGUUGUGCAGCUGGAUCCGGGGUCAAGCCCCCGCGGUCCCCUUCAAGUCGUGCCUGCAUGGCUGGCCCUCCUGUCCUGGGUCGGGGACUCCCGCUGGCGCCGCCUCCCCGCCGGGCCUCACACAGCUGCGGUCCAGGAGUGGACAGAGGCGCUGAGUCUGAGGGUCCUGGCGCUGCAGAUAUCGGAUCUGGAGCCUGGCGCGGCCGGCUCCUUGCAGCGACCAGCCUCGCCCUCGAUGCUCGACGUCGCGCUGCGGCGAUUGAAGGGCUUCCAGACGCAGAUCCAACUGCAGGGCCUGGGCAGGAGGGAUGCCGGGGCUGCGGCGAGAAAGGAGGGUGGGGGCCUGCUGGACCGCGUCAAGGACAUUCUGCGCCCCAGCGAGGGGCGGGACGGGGACCACAAGGGCAUGGGGACGCGCUUGCCGCAGACAUACCUGCCCACGGCAGACCCCGAUGACCCCGCCCCGCCCUCUCCCGAGCCGGGUCCUGCCCCCGCGGCGCCAAACAAGUUGCCCAAGGUCUGGGCCAAGGGCCUCUCGGCGGUGCGCAGCAAGAUCCUGCCCUCCUCCAGGGGGGACUCCCCCGCCAAGGGCCAGCCGCCAGGCCGGGGGGGAGGACCGAGUGUCGAUCAGGGUCCUCACAACGCGUUGUCGGGCCAUCCACGGAGCGCCAGCGCCCUCGAGCAGGGCGACUGGGUCCGGCUGGGCCUCGCGGCCUUUGCGAUCGCGGCCUACGUUCGCAGCGUGCUGUGCCCGUCCCUGGUCACCCCCCCGCGAGUCGGGCCCGCAGACAUGAGCCCGGCUACGCCGCUGGGGCAGGCCCAGCACUCCCAUGCGCGAAGCAUCAGCAUGGGGAGCUGGAGGUGGGACGAGCACCUUCUCCGCGAGCUAGACACCGUGCUGGAGGCCAGGGGGGAGCUGGACGUGCUGGAGCAGCUGCGGGGGUGCCCCGCCCUGGUCCAGCAUGGCGAGGAGUUUCACGCCUUCUUCGCGCUGGUCCCGGAGCUGCUGUCAGCCAGCACCGGCGUGCCCGCCUUUCAGUUGCGCCUGCAGCAGCUCCUCCUGCCCGGCUCCGAGGUCCUGCACCUCCUGCAGACCUGCUGA